AGUCCACUCCGAACUUGCUGGCCCUGCUUCUUGGUCUCUUAGCUCGGCAGCCCUUGAGAAGCUGGGGCGCUAUGUCGAGUAUCAUCACCAUCAGUGCCCAGUCAUCGCUUGAUAUUGCCAGAAUGAGCAUCCCAUCUGCGAAUCAACACUAACACCUGACACGGACAGCACGAGACCGAUGCCGCUGAUGCCGGGAACUGCUAACAACCGAGUAUGAAAGACUCGAUUCACUCGGUCUUACAAAACAAAUGCCCUGUGUCCGAGUUAAGGAAGCACGAGUCUCUCCAUCCUCGUUGUCUGACAAGUCAACUCCCAAACCCCCUUCACAUCCGAGCCAGCAAACCUCAAAGCUUGCUACGUGAAAUCUUCCUACAACCAGCCCAUCCAGCAGAAGUCGCCUGCAUAUGUGGACUCCUCACUUCCAUGGUAUCGAACUCCAGUCGGCAGGACGAACUCCUCAUCUUCCCGCAGUUUCUCUCCUUCCUGACGCCAACCUACCCGUCUUCACCACUCGGAUCACGAUACUCCCCACUUGCCGUCAAAAACUUGGCCGGAUUGCCAUGGCAUUCUGGCUCAUUGCCGCCCAGACAGGGUAGUGUAAACACAGAUGAAGCGACACACAGACAUCGUUGGCGUCUUUGGCGUCGCUUCACAUGCAAUACGCUGAAUAACUUCCAUGCAUUUGGUCUAACCUGUAGCGGCCUGGUGGCCUAUUCUCGGGACCGGGUUUUCAAGUUCCGAAACUGGGAACGGGUCCCAUGUGUACAGGUGGGUAGCCGGCUUUAUUGCCAUUCCGGACCGAUCUUCGGGCCUCGUUGGCGGGUAUGCGAAAAGGCUGUUGAUCCCAUGUUUACAAAUGGGUACGUAGCCGGUUUUCAUCCCAUCUGAUCAUACAUGAGCGUGAUUUGGGACUCAGGCGGGUACCUACGCAAGAAGACUUUUGAUCCCAUCUGCUCAGUUGGCUUGGCAAGGCCCUUCAAUCCUCCUCCUGCAGUCUACCAAGACCAUCAAGAAAGGAACUCGUACGGAGAAAAGACAAAGUAACAUGACAGAACAACAACGACAAGGUCCAGAGAAGACCAAGAGACAAUAUUGUAGGUAAUCAAAGGGGUUUCAUGGGAGCAU